GCCAUAAACUUUUUUAUCUCCUUUAAAUGAUCUAGUCUGGUUGAUACAAUUAUUCUUAGUCUUAACUGGAUUAUUGAAUGAAAAUCAUCAACGAUUAAUAGAUCAAAUUUUAGAAUAGAUUAGAUCUAAUAAUAUGACCAGCGUUUUUUGUUUAAAUUGAAUCACAUUAAUUUUAAAUUUAAGAUUAUCAUUAUGAUCCCAUUUUAUGCAUCCAGAUCCAGACUAAUCUAGUACCAUGAAUAUCAGCCUGGAUACAAGUAAAGAGGAAGAUGUGAAUGUCUUAUCUCCUCUGCCUCCCACAACUCCUACCACUCUCUGUGAUGGAAUCUUUCCCAACACAUCAAGUACCAUGGCAGCACCCAAGUCUCAAGGACUAGCGAGGUCCAGAAGAAUGCCAUCAGUAGAUCCAAGUUCUCUUGUGCCAGCAAGGAGGAGCUCCACACGUUCCAUCAAAAGAAAAAAGUUUGAUGACGAGCUAGUGGAGAGCAGUUUGGUAAAAACAGAACGAGGGGGUCGCAUGAAGGGUUCAUCUGGCACAACUACAGCUUCCUUGCCAACCACACCUGCUGGUCACUUUGUUCAGUCUCACACGCCCGUCAGCCUCACCCCAACCACUUCCAUCACUGAACCCCAACCUGCUGCAAAUACUGGUCCAACCACAAGCACCAUUCAGCCAUUUUCACCUGGAACACCUAUAACAACAACACCAUUGAUGUUAACACCCCAGAUUCAGAGUCUAGUAAAGCCCCUAGCUGAAGAAGAAAGAGAAGUCCGUCAUGUUGAUGUUGCCACGCUAUCGAAGCCACCAGAAAAACGCAGCAAGCCCAGCACUGGUAAAACACUAAUCGCCUCUAAAGGAAAAGUGUCCUCUUCUAAAGGGAUUGCUGGGAAAUCAUCUGGGAAAACAAAAGCAUCCAUCUCCAAGAGUGGACACACCAAGUCAUCCAAGUCCAAGUCUAAAAGAUCAAAGAGACAGAAAAAUUUAACUCCUGCCAUCAAAGAUUUAGGCCGAUGGAAGCCACAAGAUGACCUUGCUCUGAUCACAGCAGUCCAGCAAACCAAUGAUCUAGCCACUGUUCAUACUGGAGUGAAGUUCUCUUGUAGAUUUACACUUAAAGAGAUUGAGGAGAGAUGGUAUGCCUUGUUGUAUGAUCCAGCUAUUUCUAAAUUAGCAAUGGAAGCAGCUAGACAGUUGCACCAAGAGACUGUAGCUACCAUUCAAGGUAAAGCUCUGUACAGUGUAGCAGAAGAGAAACUGCUAGGGACAUACACCUCUAGUAGUCAGCCAACACUAGAAAGCUUCCAGUCGCUAUUGCAACAACACCCAGACGUCUUCCAUCCUGCCCGUACAGCCAAAACACUUCAGUCUCACUGGCUUUUGCUGAAACAGUAUCAUCUCCUGCCUGAUCAGAGUGUACAGCCUUUACCCAAGGGAGACCACAUCCUGAAUCUGUCUGACAUUGAAGAUUUCAUGAACGAUGAUGACAUAAGUGAAGGCAAAGAUGAAUUGGUGGAACAUGAACUUGCUGUGAAUGACAGAAGAAACAAACGUGAGAUUCGUCACUUGGAACAAGAGAUGCCAAAGUGGCAGGUCCUUGUGGAUAGUGUGACAGGCAUAAGUAUGCCAGAUUUUGAUAGUCAGACUCUUGGUGUGCUCAGAGGAAGGUUGGUGAGAUAUCUUAUGAGGUCAAGAGAGAUAACUCUUGGCAGAGCCACCAAAGAUAAUCAUGUUGAUGUAGAUUUAUCUCUUGAGGGACCAGCUUGGAAGGUUUCUAGAAGACAAGGCAUUAUUAAACUGAGGAACAGUGGGGAUUUCUUCAUAGCCAAUGAAGGUAAAAGGCCAAUCCUUGUUGAUGGCAGGCCAGUGAUGGCUGGUAACAAACAGAAGCUGCACAACAAUUCAGUUGUUGAGAUCUCUUGUCUUAGAUUCACAUUUUUAAUCAACCAAGAUGUUAUCAAUGCCAUCAGAUCUGAUGUAACCAAAACAAGUUCUGCAGCUACCUCCUCCUGAUUUUGAUCCUGUAAGAUUGUACAUAGACAUUCUGCAUUGUAAUUAGUCUCAAUAUUUGACACAAAUAAACCUCAUGCUCUCUUUUUUAUGAA